AUGAGAUUUAUAGCAACAAACAAACAAACAAUUCAAUCUAUCUCGACUGACAGUAGUAGUAGUAGUAGUAGUAGUAGUAGUAGUAGUAGUAGUAGCAGUAAUAGUAGUUAUGCUAAAAUUAUGAUUGCAACACCACAAAUGGAUAUUACUGCAGCUGAAAAGAAAAACAUUGAUUUGUUUAUUCAAUCAAAAGAUGAAGAAGAAAAUCUUUUACAAAAGGUAGAAGUUAGAGGAAAGAAACCAAGAAAAUUAUUCUUGUUGAUUGGUAACAAUAGAGUAUUCUUUUUUAAAGUUGGUGGAAAACUUGAAGUUGAUUAUCAUUUUCUUGAUAUUGCAGAAGUUAGAUCUGACAAUCCAAAAGAAAUAUCAAUGAAAUUUAGAAAUGAUAAAGGAGUAGAACCAUUAGUAUUUGGGGUGGAUUCACCAAACCAUUCAUCAGAGAUUAUAUUGGCAAUGGAUUAUUUGUUUACCUAUAACUUUCCUGGAAUGAAAACCAAUCGAUUGAAAAUAGUAGUUGUACCAGAGACUCGAGUACAAGAGAUCUAUAGUUCGCCCAAUGCCAUUUCACCAGAGAUUGGGACAUGUGGAGGGCUGACACUUACCUAUUUGGCCAUGUGCGACUUUAUGAAUGUACAACCGAUCAAUGAAGUCACAUGGCACAUUGAAAAUGUCUUGUCGGGUACAGUCGUAAAAGACUUUGACUAUGGUUUCUUUUAUAAAAAGGAUCGUCUCUUGUCUGGUGAUGCUAGACCUUUAAUGGCUGCUCUUGCAAUUAAUACUUGGUUUACUUCUUUUACAAUUAGAAGUGUAAAAUUAUCAAAUGAAUGUAUAACAUCAAUUGUUAGUUUAUUAUCACAAUCAUCAACAUUUGAAAAGGUAGUAUUAAAUGGAGUUGGAUUGGAUAAAUCUGGAUGUGAAAAAUUGUUUGAUGCACUGUGUGGUAAUAAAUCGUUGCCAUUGAAACAUUUGGAUAUUGGUAACAAUGCAAUUGAAGACAAGGGAAUGGUGGCAGUUGCCGAGUUUAUCAAGCUGCCAACCACCCAUCUCACUACAUUGGUUUUGGGAGGAUGUGGAGUUGGAAGAUCGGCCAUGUCAUCGAUUGGAGAGGCACUAGGUUCAAAUGAAGCAAUUAUUUCUGGACUUUUGUUUUUAGAUAUUGGUGGAAACAAGUUGGAACCAGAAGGAUCUUCAUCCAUCUCUAAUUUCCUAGUCAAAUCAAAGGGAUUGAAAACAUUUUUGAUUGGUACCACACAGCCCCAAUUCCAUCAACUCAAGAAAUGUUCCACACUCACCACCUUCGACAAUAGUGGUAAUCGUGUCAUUAAAAAGGAUUCACUUCAUUUGGAUAUGGUUCGUUUCCUCAACCAUUCACCUCAUCUAUCCAACCUUAAUCUUUCAAAGUGUCAAUUGCCAGUUGAAGUCAUCCAAGAAAUAUUUGGUGAAGGUAAUCUAAACAAAUUGGAAGUUCUCAAUGUCUCUGAUAAUGAUCUUGGUGAUGAAGGUAUUACUCUACUUUGUGAUAUCCUAUUAAACAAUUCAACUUUAAAAUCUUUAAAUAUUUCAAAUAAUUUAAUUCGAAGAAGUAAAACAAGAAAUAAUACAAUUGAAUCAAUUAUUAAUUUUAUUGAAAAGAAAUCAAAACCACAUAAUGCAAUCAAGACAUUUAUCAUUCAAGGAGGUAGCAAAUCACAGUUAAAGGGAGACUUGUUACCUAUUAUUUGUAGUCUUUAUUAUAAUGCUACGUUGAAGGAAUUGGAUAUUAGUGGACACUCGAUUGGUGAUAUUGGAGCAGCUGCCCUUGGCAAACUACUUCAAACCAAUAGUUGUUUGGAACGACUGGAAUGGGAUGACAACCAAACUACAAGUCGUGGACUCUCACUCUUUAAGGUGGGUCUCUCUAGAAAUAGUACAUUGGUCGAUAUGCCACUCCCCCUAAAAGACAUUACAGCUGCCAUCAAAUCGAGUAAUGAUUCUGCCAAUACACAAACUCUAAAUGAAAUGGUAUCAGAGAUUCAACAAUCACUAUUUGAAAAUCUUUCCAAACAACAACAAAGCACUGCUGCUGGAACAAGUGGAUCGGGAUCAUCCAAUAAUCUUAGUUUGGGUAGUUUGCUAUCAGUUGCCACACCACGCGGAAUCACAAAGUCACGUUCGUCAUCUAUCCCUUCAGUCAUUAUCGAUCACAAAACUACCAUACAAACGUGUGCUGGUUUGAAAUCUUACAAUCUUAUCAUGGCUGAUGAUUCUGAUACUCCUAUUGAACCUUUGGCAAAUCUUGCUGUUAAAUAA